UAUAAGAACGGGUGAUGCAACGUACCGGCCAGAAGCGCAACUUUACGCACCAGCAGAAAGAGAAACAGAAGAAGAGGGCAGCGACAGAAACAGGAGCUUUUUGUUUUCUCCACAUCCACUUCAUCUGACCGAGUCACUCAAAGCUUUAACAGAAUGAUGCUGCAGCACUCGGGUCCCUCGCUGGCUGACAUCAGCUGCUCUGCCCUGGUGCCCUGCCUCUCCCCGCCGGGGACACUCACCCUGGACGACUUCACCAAUUUCACGCCCAUUGUGAAAGAGGAGCUGCGGCUGGCCAUCCAGACCAAGCGGCUCUCCAACGGGCUCAGCGCAGACAUGAGCUCCGACGGCGCCAGCUCCAGCUCGGACCGAGCCUCAGAGUACCUCGCCUGUGAAUCCGGCGUCAAGAGAGAGGUGACACCUCAGGAGCACGACAGGAGGAAGAGACGGAGAGAGAGGAACAAAAUCGCUGCUGCCAAGUGCCGCAACAAGAAGAAGGAGAAGACAGAGUGUCUGCAGAAGGAGUCAGAGAAACUGGAGAGUGUCAACGCGGAUUUGAAGGCUCAGAUCGAGGAGCUGAAGCAGCAGAAGCAGCAGCUGGUCUACAUGCUCAACCUGCACCGGCCGACCUGCAUCGUCCGAGCCCAAAACGGACAAACGCCCGAGGAUGAGAGGAAGCUCUUCAUCCAGCACAUCAAGGAGAGCACCUUUCAACUCCACAACCUCACCUCCUCCUCCACCACCACCUCCACCUCUUUGUCCACAUCCAUCUCUUCAGUAGCACCUGUAGACGGGAUUUCUGACCCUCGAUCACAUUCAGUGUCCCAGUCACCUAUGAGCGACCAGGUGUUUUUGCCACUUUUCUAAGACUCGCAAUGCUUCCACCUGCUGCCAUCGUUGUAGCGCAGAGUGUUCGAGAGGCAGGUGGAGCCGCCACAUAGACUUAUGACCUGAGAAUGACAAUGAGGUAUAAUGAACGCCACCUUCAGAUGACUCCUCAGUCUCAUUCACCAUCCACAGAGCUGCUAGAAGUGGCAUAAAGUGACCUCAGCACCUCCCACUCCCUGAAACCGUAGCUGCUGAUUGGAUAGGAAGUGACAUACCAUGGACAGCACCUUGACAUACAUUGUGUUUUUUUUUUUUUUUUCAAACAACAUUACAAACAGUCAGGGCCAAGGACAGAUGCUAAAGCACUAAAAAACAAAACAAAAACAUCAGUUGCUUUUUUUUAAUUUACUGGUAUUUUGAAUAGAUGAGAGUGAUUUAGUGUCUGAUUUUUGUACCAAAGCGUGAUUUCAAGGUGAUCAAAGCACGUAAUUUAACUCUUCACCCACAGAGAAAGUAGACACAGAUUGAGUGUGUUUGAGCUGCAAGUCACUGACUUUAAAAAAAUCAUUGUUGUUUGUGCUUAGUGUAUGAAAAAUUGUAUAUUUAUUAAGUGAUGACAUGUCAUCAUUGCCGUAUCAACCCUGUCUGCUUGUCCUUUAUCCAACGCGAACUACUAAAUUUGCUGCUACUACUAACCACUCAGGACCUACGCUAUGUGUAGAAUGUUGAUUUCAUAUGGUUUUUGUUCUGUUUUUAUUUUAUUUUUAAUUUUUUUGAUUGCCCCAUUUAAGAGUUAACCUCUCAAAAAGUGUGUGUACAGGUUAUUUGCUGUCAAUCAAGAUAGCAGUAGCAGUCACAAAAGGGAAAUGUACUUUGCAGACAGGGUUUAUAAUUCUGCACUUAAUAAAAUAGCAUAGUAAAAAUUACAAUAUAAUCAUAUAUGCAGAUAAUAUCUUACAUUACUUAACAAUUUGAAAUUCGUUGGCAAGCAAAAUUGUCCCCCAAAAAUUGAAUACUGUAUAUAAUUUCACAAGUACACUUUAUUUAUCACUGCGCUCCCUCUUAAGGUAAACAGAACUACUGUUGCUUUUUACAUCCUCUGUGACGAUGAAGCUACACAAGUACGAGUGUUAUUUUUCAGACAUGUUGUUUUCUACCUAAAAUCUUGUAUAUUGUAUUGACUGCGCAUUAACUCUGUGCUACUGUAUGUAAACACCGGAUGCCUCCUUUGGUCUUGACAGAGCAAAACAAAAAAGAUUGUUAUUUUUUAAAAUGUAUUUUAUGAAUAACAUUUGGUUUGGAAGUUGUGUUCACUAGAUAUCACUAGCUAGGUAUCAGUAGUGUUGCAUCAGCUUUCGGCUGGUCCUUUAACACGCCUGACUCUGAAGUUAUGCAAGAUGAUGUUAUAUUAUACUGUGUGUUGUGAACUUUAUCAGUAUCCAGGCUUCAACUCACUGCCAAAUAUUUUUCCCUCCUUCCACUCCCCUUUCCUCUCUCUGGCCUGUUCGCUUUAGAGUGAAAUCAUCCCUCAAGAGAAAUGUGGUUUAUUACGCAAACAAAAACUGAGGGAGUGUAAUGAACGAGAAUUAAGAGGCUAUAUUCUUGUGAAAUACUAAUCGAAUCAAUCCAAAGUGUCCAUCAAUAGCCAUGCAUCUUUGAGCAAGACACUGAAACGCUCUUUUUCCUCAGUCAUUGAAAUUCACCCUACAGCUAACACGUCAUAUGGGAAACUCUGGUUAUCAGUAUUUGAAUAAUUGUCAGCAAGUCACAACCCUUCCCCAAGCAGACUGAACAUUGAACAUCGUGUUAGCAUCAUCUUAUCUGCGUUAUAGCAUCUAAGGUUAUCUUAAAGGUUUGUCACUAUUGGUUCUUAACAGAAGAGUAAUAAUUUAUGUAUGAACAGCACAUUACUGUAUAAAGAUUCACAGUGAGGACUGAAGUUUUAUAUUUUAUGUUUGCAUGGUAGAAGUUUGAGAGCAGAAGGUUUAUAUUGUUUAUCAUGUGUAUUAUGUAAGCAGGAAACUUUGAGAGUCACACGGUUAAAGGGACGCAGGCGUCUGCGUGUGUUCAUGGUGUGUAUGUUGUUUUUGUGGUUGAAGUUGUCCAUUGUCCCGUUGCUAGUGAUGGCUAGAUAGCUAAUAGGCACUGAGUUCGAUGCGUAUGUAUUCUAUUGUGCCUACUUCUACUGGUGGCUGUUUUUGUUUCGGUAGCUGCUCGACUGUUGGAGCAUCAUAGCCUAAAUGAAUAAACUGUAGGCUGUCAGGUAUAACUGCUACUACCAAUGUGUACUUCCAUCUUUGUGAUCUGUCAACUUUUGUUUUUGAUACUUUGUUAAUUAAAAAUAUGUAUUGCAAAUGA